UCUCCUCUGCUGAAGUCCAGGCUUCAUGGGAGACUGCCAAGGCUGUUUAUGUGGCAGCAGCACCAGCUCCUGUGAUGCAGAGCAUGUGCAACACAGGUGCAGCCUUCGGUGGUGCAGCUGCAAUACCUGCAACCUUAGAUGGAGCAGCUGGUACAGUCGGACCUGCAUCCGCUGAGGCAGCUGCUAAAGAGCCCGCUGAGGUGGAGCCAUAUCAGCUGCUAAACUUCCUAGAAUGUGAAAUGGUGACGUGGAAAGCCUGGGGUGACAACAUAGUGAACCAGGACAUAAGGUCAAGCGUUGCUGUGAAGAACCUGGCCAUUGCUCUGUGGGGGUCCAGUGUCCUGCAGAGGACUGUGGCCGAAAUGGCGUCGAAUGUCAGUCUUAACAAGGACAGCAGGCUGCCUCUGACACCCAAGAAAGCGGCAUUCCUAAGAGAAUGCCUAAUGAUGGAGCUCCGUGGCCAAAAGUACCAUGCAGAUGUCAUUGCUGUAAUGUCGAGGACAGCAAAAGUAAACCACAUACUGGGAGAAAAAAUGAACGACCGGCGAAAGCAAGAGAAAUGAAGAGCCAAUCGGUAAAUAAAAAUAGAACCAGCCGGUUCUUGGCAAUGGUCUGCAGUGAAA